AUGGAAAGAGGCUGGCUCCAUGGGGAGGGAUUCCUCCUCUGCCUCCUUUUCCACCUGCUGCUUCAAGAAACCCUCCCCAAGCCCCAGCCCUGGCCAUGGAGACCCUCUCUCACAGAGUCUCCGCUCUCUAUAGGAAGAGCCGACAAUUUCACCAUCAAUUGCUCAGGGUUUGACCAGCAUGGGGUGGAUCCUGCUGCCUUCCAAGCAGUGUUUGACAGAAAGGCCUUCCGUCCAGUCAUCAACCACAGCAUCCCCACUCAAGUCAACAUCUCCUUCACCCUGUCUGCCAUCCUGGAAGUGAAUGCACAGCUUCAACUGAUGACAUCAUUCCUGUGGCUAAAUGUGAUCUGGUACAAUCCAUUCAUCAGUUGGAACCCAGAGGAAUGUGGGGGCAUCAAUAAGCUCAGCAUAGCAACUGAGAACCUGUGGCUUCCAGAUGUCGUCAUCAAUGAGUUCAUGGAUAUAGAUCAAACACCUAGAGGGCUCAAUGCUAUGUCACCAGUGAAGGGCGCAUCAGAUAUGAUAAGCCAAUGAAGGUGACCAGCAUCUGUAACCUGGACAUCUUCUAUUUCCCCUUUGAUGAACAGGUCCUGGGCAUGGAGAAGAAAGUGCAGGAGAUUUCUGACACAUCACAGAAGCUCAUUCAGAACAAGGGAGUGGAUACUUCUGGAUAUCCACCAGAGUACGGAGAAGAUGACUCUGGACAACAGCCAGUACGACCUAAUCAUUUUCUAUGUGAUCAUCAGGCGCAGGCCCUUCCUCUAUAUCAUAAACCUCCUGGUGCCCAGUGGCUUUCUGAUGGCCAUUGAUGCCCUCAGCUUCUUCCUGCCUGCAGAAAGCGAGAGCCGUGCGCCAUUCAAGAUAACCCUUCUGCUGGGCUACAACGUCUUCCUGCUCCUGAUGAACGACUUACUCCCGGACACAGGCACCCCCCUCAUCAGUGUCUACUUCGCCCUGUGUCUCUCCCUAAUGGUGCUCAGCCUGCUGGAGACCGUGUUCAUCACCUACCUGCUGCACCUGGUCACCACCCAGCCCCCACCCAUGCCCCGGUGGCUCUGCUCCCUGCUUCUGCACUGCACCAGUCCAAGGGAACACUGUCUCACUGAACCCCAGAAGGGAAACAAGGGCCUGCGUCUCACCCCCAUCCAACUGCCUGGUAGGAAGGAGCCCAUGGAGUUGGUGGGGAAGGCACCAGGUCCCCGAAAGGCAGAGUUAAAUUGGUGCCCUGAGUCAGCAAGGGGCCAGCCGGAAGACGAGGCUCAGAAGCAGCACUUGGUCAGCCUGUGGGUACAGUUCAGCCACAUGAUGGAUGCCCUGCUGUUCCGCCUCUACCUGCUCUUCAUGGCCACCUCCAUCAUCACGAUCGUGGUCCUCUGGAGCACCUAGGCGGAUGCACAUCUGCAAGCUCCAGCCUGCAGCUUCUCUGGCCUCUGGACACCAGCGAUGCUCUCAGGCCCAUCGAAUCCCAGCCUCACCUUAGUUUUAAUCUAGUCUUUCUGUGCAGUCAGGACAGGCCUGGGUGGUUUCCUAUACCCUCCCAGAGUUGGGUCCUUGCUCCUGCACGCCAUCAACCCCCCUCAGCCUUCCCAUAAGUCUUGCCUGCCUGACUCCUCAGGAAUACUUCGUUGAUUGAAUCACCCCAAUAAACCC